AUGGCUGGGCUGUGGAAGCCCAGAUUUGGGGAAGCUGCAGCAACGGGGCUGAUGGCGGCGGCGGCGGGGCUUUGGGGAACCGCAGCGCGCGGUCUAAGGCUGGCAGCCUUUGGGCCUCGUGGGCAAACGCUGCAGGGAAGGCCCUCGGCCCCGCCUCUCUGGCCUAGGCCGGGCCGGGCCCUCCGCUUGUCUGCGGCGACUCCAGCCGGCCACAACAAGUGGUCCAAAGUCAGGCACGUAAAGGGCCCCAAGGACACGGCCAGGAGCCAGGUCUUCACCAAGCUCUCGAGACUCAUCCGUUUUGCUGUCAAAGAAGGAGGCCCCAAUCCUGAGUUAAACAGCAAUCUGGCCAAUCUCCUGAAGUUGUGUCGAAGCAAGAACAUGCCAAAGUCAACCAUUGAGGCAGCACUGAAAAGUGAGAAAAACAAGGACAUUUAUCUUCUCUAUGAAGGACGAGGCCCGGGCGGCUCUUCUCUACUCAUUGAGGUACUUUCAGACAGUAGUACCAAGUGUCAUUCAGACAUCAAGCACAUUCUGAACAAACAUGGGGGGGUGAUGACUGAUGGGGCCAGGUAUUCUUUUGACAAAAAAGGAAUCGUUAUUAUUGGCACAGAAGACAAAGAAAAGAGGACUGUGAACUUAGAGCGAGCCCUAGAGUUGGCAUUUGAGGCUGGAGCUGAAGAUGUACAGGAAUCUCAGAAUGAUGAUGAGAAAAAUAUGCUUAAAUUUAUAUGUGAUGUCACUUCGCUGCAUGAAGUGAGGACAAAACUGGACUCGCUGGGUUUGUGUUCUGUGUCCUGUGUCCUAGAAUUCAUCCCUAACAUGAAAGUGAAGCUGUCAGAUGGGGACAUGGAGGCAGCCGCCCAUUUAAUUGAAGCACUUAAUAACUACGAGGAUGUGAUUCGAGUCUAUGACAACAUUGAAUAAUGGGGUUUGCUAGGAUUGCCUCAUUCUUCAGGUAGCAAUGUGUCUCAGUAGUAUGAAUUUCCAUAAACUACUUUUGGAACCUGAGAACAGGAUGCCUUGACAUAUCAUCACUGUAUUAAGCCAAGGUCAGUGACAGUAGAGCGUCACAGCAAAGCCAGCAUGCUGGGUGGUCGUUACUUGCUUUGUGUUCCAUGAAGAAAGAAGGACCUCGGAAUCUUCAUGUGGCAUAAUGAGAACAACAAAGAUGAUGCCUGGUCCCUGCUAACUAACUGAACCUAAAUGAAUUAAACUGAACAUGCUGCUGUUGGCUUAGUUUGUGACCAAAGAAGAUCACCCUUUACGUGACUUCUUAGUGAAUCACUCUGAAUGCCUGGAACAGAAACUACUUUUUUUUAAUAGUAACAAAAAUGAUUUAUAUUGGUAAAUUGUCUGGUGUGUGAUGAUUAACUGUUUUCAGUGGGUUUUUUUUUUUCUUCAUGAAAUGUGACUUUAUCCACCUAAGCACAUUAAAUCUCCCCAGAAGGACUAAAAUCCUUUGAAUACUCACCGCCUCUGUUCAGAUCUUUCUUUUGCCUUGUAAAUAUCUCCUUUAAUGCCUUGAUCUAUCAUAUCAACAAAUGGCCUAAACACAUUAAAUGAGCCAUAGCUUAAUCAUCCUUCUCAGAUUCUGUUUGAGGAAGUAGAUAGAGCAAAUGGGAGAAAAGAGCCCAUCUGUAGAGUUCUUGAGGGUGGAGUAUUUACCUCAAGUGCCCAUCAAAAUAAAAAAAAAAAAAAAGGCUGUGGUCACAUCUUGUUUCUUCCCUCAAAUGGUGCUGUCUACAUACCUCUCGUGCCACAAGAGGGCAGUAAUCCACUGCCCAGUCCACCUUGGAAAAGGCUUUGGAAAAUUAACUUCCAGGUUCAAGGUAACUCUCCCUUGGGUACCUACUUUGGUUAGGGGCCUGAAUAUUACGUUUAUGCAGAUGGACCCUGAUAACAGAUUUCUUGGCCCUCAGAAGGGACUUGUUAAAUUGGAUCUGAUCUAGGGUUCUAGGAUUGCAACAUGGUGAGAAAGAAGUGUCCUGUUCUCAGUAGAUCAAGGCUGUAGACUGUUCAACUUUCUUUCUCUUGCUUUUAGACCAUAUUAUAGAAGGUGAUAUUGUCCUUACCCCAUUUUGAAAUCUAAAUUUUUUUCACUUUUUACUCUUCAUUUCAAUUCUUCCUCCACAAUAUCACUUCCCUUCCCUCCACUCAUAUAUCUACCAUCCUAAUUCAAUCUCUAAUCACUUAUUGUUUGGAUUAUUGUAAUAUCCUUCUAAUGUUUUUUUUCUAUCUUGUCUCUGACUUCUUCAAUCUAUCUUCCACAGAGCUGCCAAAAUCAUAUUCCUAAAUUGUAGAGCAAACCACAUUUAUUCCCUUAUGUAAUAAAAUUACUGACUCACUUAUUUCUUUUAGGUUAAAAUGCAAACUGGCUUUUAAAGCUCUUCACAAUUUGUUUUGAGCCUACUUUUUAAGAAUUAUACAUUAUUGCCCUUGACAUACUCUUAUCUUCUAACCAAACUUGUCACUUUAUUGUUUCUUAGAUAUGACCAUUCCUGUCCUUUCUCUUUUGCACAGACCAUCCUCCAAGCUUGGAUUUGGAUUGUACAACUCAAAAAUCAGUACUGUUCCAGCUACUACAUAAUACUGACAACUUAUUAAGGAAAAUAUCCAUAGGAUAGUUUAAAAUAGAUCAAUGUAGUGUAUUGGAAAGGGUUCUAGAUUUAGACCAAAAAGGCUUGGGUCUAAUUUUUCAUCUCUACCUAUGUGACCUUAAAAAAGACAUUUCAUCUCUCUACAACUCAGUUUCUUGAUCUGUAAAAUGAGGAAGUUACAUUAGAACAUUUUUAGGGCCCCUUUCAGUUCUAAAUCUGUACUAGUAAUUAUUAUAUAGUUAAACUUAUAAUACAAUAAAUUUGUUCCUGAAAAGUUGGAGCAAAAUUGAAUUUGGAGAAAUGUGAUCAUUUAAAAGGUAUGAAGGAAUCUUAAUAUGUAAAGAAAUUUUAUAGUGAAUUUUUAUAAAAUGAAUAAUCAUAAAUGAAUCAUAAAUAAUGAAUCAUGUCUCCCCCUGAAUAAGCUCAAGAUCCGAAAUCUCAUCAUUAUAGUGAUUGAUUCCUCUUUAAUGCUUUAUAUCUCCUCAAUGUCUUCAUUUGUCUCUUCCUUUUGUCAGAAGAAAGAACAAUAAAAUCCUGACAAGGCCUGUCUUUCCAUCCAAGUACUCUUUGCCCCAUGCCUUCCCACCAUCAGUUUUUCAGUUUCUUUCAAUUUAUUGUUUUCCUACAUUAGAUUAAAAUCAUGACCUGUUUUUCUUAUUUGUAUCAUCAGCAUUUAGCACAGUGCUUGGCAUUUAUUGACUAUUGAUUAUUGUCUAAUUACCAUAAAUUUGUCUUUCAUAUAUUUUGAGAAAAGACAUUCAUGUUCAUAGGACUAUACCAUUGUGAAUCCUAAAAUAUAUGAUUGCUGUGACUCCUGUCUUUCACUGAAAUUAGGAACUGGAAAAGAUAAGAAUCAACUCUUCUUCCUCUGGGCAAGGUCAAAGCUCUGUUCCUUAUCUCCAUGAUCUAAAAAUGACCUCAUUACUUCCUAACUAAUAAGGCUAUAUAACUGGAAUUUUAGAAUAAAGCUGGAUCUCAGUGCAGAACAACUGGAUUCUAAUUUCAGCUCUGCCACUGGGUUAAAUUUGGUCAAAGAUGUUAACCUUCCUAGAUCAAAGAUUUCUCAUUCGUGAAAUGAAGGAGUUUAGAUUGAAUGACUCCUAAGGUUCUUCCUAGUGCUAACAUUCUUGGUCUAGUACCUUGUAUAUAUUUGUCACACCUGCUAGCAUAUAUAUAGAGCUUUACAAAUUGUUUUGCAAACAUAUCUCAUUUUUUACCCUCACAGUGAUUCUGGGAGGUAGGUGCUAUUAUCCACAUUUUACAGAUGAGGAAACUGAGACAGAUAGUGAUUAAAUAACUCACCCAGGAUUAUAUGGUGAUAGUGCCAAAAAUAAAUUGAAAGUGUCAGCUGUA